AUGAUCACGACGGACAUCGCUGCAUCUGAUGAUGUAGCAAAUAUAACCGGCGCGCUCCUGGAUUAUGACCUAGCUGCUCUUAAGAACUGCACCGAUGACGUGGAUGAACUCAGAACGUCCUACCUGCCGCCGCUAUACAGCAUGAUCUUUGUUGUGGCGUUUCCAGGCAACAUCAUUGCCCUUGCCGUGUAUGCUUUCAAGAUGCGACCCUGGAAGAGCAGCACCAUUAUUAUGUUCAAUCUGGCCUGCACAGAUUUAUUGUACUUAAGUGGCCUUCCUUUUCUGAUCCACUACUACGCCAACGGGGAGCACUGGAUCUUUGGAGAGUUCAUGUGCAGGUUUAUCCGCUUCGGGUUCCACUUCAACCUAUACAGCAGUAUCCUCUUUCUAACGUGCUUCAGCAUCUUCCGAUACUUAGCGGUUGUCCACCCGAUACGGACUUUUUACUUUCGGAAAAAGUCAUGGACUGUCGUGGCCUGCAUUGUUGCUUGGGCCAUUUCGCUGACGGUGGUGACACCUGUCAACUUUUUGAUUACCUCCGCAGAUCAAGAGAACAAAUCUAUUUGCCUUGACCUUACGAGUUCUGAAAACCUGGAUGUCAUUCGGUGGUACAACUGGCUUUUAACGGGAUUCAUUUUCUAUGUGCCUUUAAUAACGGUGACCCUUUGCUACGCCCUGGUCAUUUACACCUUGGCAACUGGGCCCCACACUCAAAAUCCUUAUAAACAGAAGGCUCGUAAACUUGCCUUUCUCCUCCUGGUGGUCUUUUAUGUGUGUUUUCUACCCUUCCACGUCUUUAGGAUUGUUCGAAUUGAACUAAGGCUGCGUCCAGUCAGCUGUGAGGUCGAAAACCAAAUCCACGCCGCCUACAUUAUCUGUAGACCAUUGGCUGCACUCAACACAUGUGCCAACCUGUUACUUUAUGUCAUAAUCAGUGGUAAUUUCCAGCAGGCCGUCCAGUCUCUUUUGAGAUGCCGGUUGAGCAACUACAUACAACAAUCAGGGAGUCACAGUGAAUUGAACAAGUCUGGAAUUAUAUUAAAAUUAUGA